CUCUAGAGCACCGAGAACAGAUAUGCGAAUGGCCUAUUCUCCUUGAUCUUGCCACAUGGAAGCCUCUAGCACUUUUGGAGAAGGCAGCUUCAAAGCCUGAGAAAUGAAACGGGUAAUUUAUCAUUGAGCAAGGACUACCUUCAGUAGAAGCCUCAGUUCAGCUUCAGACUUGUAGUGUGGCUCUCAAGCCCCAACUUUCUUCCUGCCUCCUCCCGACAUGUCUACAGUACCUCUGCAGCACCUCUGGCAGAUAUGUCUACAGUACCUCUGGCAGAUAUGUCUACAGUACAUCUGCAGCACCUCUGGCAGAUAUGUCUAUAGUACCCCUGGCAGAUACGUCUACAGUUCCUCUGCAUUACCUCUGGCAGAUCUGUCUACAGUACAUCUUGGAGAUCUGUCUGCAGGACAUCUGGGAGAUCUGUCUACAGGACAUCUGGGAGAUCUGUCUACAGUACAUCUGGGAGAUCUGUCUACAGGACAUCUGGGAUAUCUGUCUACAGGACAUCUGGGAGAUCUGUCUACAGGACAUCUGGGAGAUCUGUCUACAGUACAUCUGGGAGAUAUGUCCACAGGACAUCAUCUGGGAGAUUUGUCUACAGGACAUCUGGGAGAUCUGUCUAUAGGACAUCAUCUGGGAGAUCUGUCUACAGUACAUGUAGCAGAUAUGCCUACAGAACAUCUGGGAGAUUUUUCUACAGUACAUGUGGCAGAUAUGCCUACAGUACACGUGGCAGAUAUGCCCUCAGAACAUCUGGGAGAUAUGUCUACAGUACAUCUGGGAGAUACACCUACAGUACAUCUGGCAGAUAUGCCUACAGUACAUCUGGGAGAUCUGUCUACAGUACAUCUGGCAGGUGUAUCUACAGUACCUCUGGAACAUAUGCCUACAGUACAUUUGGCAGGUAUGUCUACAGUACCUCGGAUACAUGUGUCUACAGUACCUCUGGCAGAUGUGUCUAUAGUACCAGUACCUCUGGCAGAUGUGCCUACAGUACAUGUGGCAGAUAUGCCUACAGUACAUCUGGGAGAUCUGUCUACAGGACAUCUGGGAGAUCUGUCUACAGUACAUCUGGGAGAUCUGUCUACAGGACAUCUAGGAGAUCUGUCUACAGGACAUCAUCUGGGAGAUCUGUCUACAGGACAUCUGGGAGAUCUGUCUACAGAACAUCAUCUGGGAGAUCUGUCUACAGGACAUCAUCUGGGAGAUCUGUCUACAGGACAUCUGGGAGAUCUGUCUAUAGGACAUCAUCUGGGAGAUCUGUCUACAGAACAUCAUCUGGGAGAUCUGUCUACAGGACAUCUGGGAGAUCUGUCUACAGAACAUCUGGGAGAUCUGUCUACAGAACAUCAUCUGGGAGAUCUGUCUACAGAACAUCAUAUGGGAGAUCUGUCUACAGAACAUCAUCUGGGAGAUCUGUCUACAGGACAUCUGGGAGAUCUGUCUACAGAACAUCAUAUAGGAGAUCUGUCUACAGAACAUCAUAUGGGAGAUCUGUCUACAGUACAUCUGGGAGAUAUGUCUACAGAACAUCUGGGAGAUCUGUCUACAGAACAUCAUAUGGGAGAUCUGUCUACAGAACAUCAUAUGGGAGAUCUGUCUACAGAACAUCAUAUGGGAGAUCUGUCUACAGAACAUCAUAUGGGAGAUCUGUCUACAGUACAUCUGGGAGAUAUGUCUACAGAACAUCUGGGAGAAUUGCCUACAGUACAUGUGGGAGAUGUGCCUACAGUACAUGUGGGAGAUGUGUCUACAGAACAUCUGGGAGAAUUGCCUACAGUACAUGUGGGAGAUGUGUCGACAGAACAUCUGGGAGAAUUGCCCACAGUACAUGUGGGAGAUGUGUCGACAGAACAUCUGGGAGAAUUGCCCACAGUACAUGUGGGAGAUGUGUCUACAGUGCCUGUGUCAAAUGCGUUUCCAGUCCCUCUGGCAGAUAUGUCUACAGUACAUAUGACAGAUGUGUCUACAGUCCCUCUGGAACAUAUGUCUACAGUACCUCUGGCAGAUGUGUCUACAGUACCUCUGGUAGAUGUGUCUACACCCCUUUUGCUGCUUCAGAACUAAUUCCACCACUUAACUGUUGUGUGACUUUGACCAACUUCACCUCUCUAAAUGUUAUUUUCAUCCUCUAAAAUGUCAGCACUAAAAAGCAUUUAUUGUG